AUGCAAGGAUUCUCUUAUGAGAACCGCAGCUCUGUGUCAGAGUUCAUCCUUCUGGGUUUCUCCAGGAAUUUCCAACUUAAUAUAAUCCUCUUCAAUGUCUUCUUCUUCCUCUACCUCUCUACGCUUGUGGGCAACGGGCUCAUUGUCACCUUGAUCCACCUGGACUCCCGUCUCCACACACCCAUGUACUUCUUUCUCAGUGUCCUUUCCAUGCUGGAUAUGAGCUAUGUCACCACCACAGUGCCCCAGAUGCUUGUGCAUCUUGUCUGCCAGAAGAAAACUAUCUCCUAUUCUGGGUGUGUAGCCCAGAUGUACAUCUUUCUGGUGUUAGGCAUCACUGAGGGCUGGUUGUUCUCUGUCAUGGCCUAUGACAGAUAUGUAGCCAUUUGCCACCCACUCAGAUAUAAGGUUAUCAUGAGGCCUUGGCUGUGUGGGGCAAUGGUAGUCUUUUGUGGACUAUGGGGUGUCAGCUGUUCUCUGGUCUACACUGUCUUCACUAUGAGGCUGCCCUACUGUGGCCCCAAUGAGAUCAAUCACUUCUUCUGUGAGGUUCCUGCUGUUCUGAAGCUUGCCUGUGCAGACACAUCCCUCAAUGACCGGAUAGACUUUAUCCUAGGUUUUAUCCUUCUCCUGGUACCUCUUUCCUUUAUCCUGGCCUCUUAUGUCUGCAUCUUUGCCACCAUUCUGAAAAUCCGCUCAGCCCAAGGUCGACUGAAGGCCUUUUCCACCUGUGCCUCUCACAUCACUGUGGUCACCAUGUUCUGUGGACCUGCCAUGUUUAUGUACAUGAACCCUGGGGCCAAUGCCUCCCCAGAGAGAGACAAGAAACUAGCUCUGUUCUACAAUGUCAUCUCUGCCUUCCUCAACCCUAUAAUCUACAGCCUCAGAAACAAAGAUGUGAAGAGGGCUUUCCUCAAAGUAACAGGCUGGGGAGGAGCCACUGAGUGA